AUGAACUCCACAGGAGAUCACAGCGUACUCCUCAAGCGAGUUCGUCAAAGAAUGGAACGACAUCAAAAGAACCAAGCAAGCAGCUCGCCAGAGUUCCAUGAAGCGGAUUCAUGUUGCGAUACCUGCCACGAUGUCGGGAAGUAUCUGGUUGAGAGCUACUUCCGGGGAAGAAAAUUAGCCAACAGAGCAGAAAACCCGCUUUGGGUAGCCUUUCUGUCAAGGGAGGCCACCUGCGGCUUCCUCGGAGACAUACUCGGCCGGGUCCUGCUUGAGCAGUUCUCCAAUUCUUCAGGAAAUCUUUACAUUGCCAGGCGUAAUGUGGACAUAUGCCCAUCUGAUGAGAACACAUCCGACACUGUAUGGCUGCAUAAAGCGGAUUACAAGAGUGACGUGUUGAUCGUGGUCGACGCUGAUUUCGAUAAAGCCGCUGGAAACUUGAUUACGAGACAGGGUGUGGGUUCUUCAUCGAGCCCACUGAUCAUCCUCAAUAACUUUGGAGACGACUUUGUGACUUCCCUCGAUAAGAUGAACAAUCUCAUACAACAAGGAUACAACCUGACUCGUGGAGUUAUAAUCCCCCGAGGUGGACCAUGUAUGAACAAUCGCGCAAGCUUGACAAGGCUUCUUCAACUAGUUGAACUGUCUGUCUUUGACUUUGUACUCACAUUCACAAACUCGGACACAAAUUGCGAAGUCCUAGCGCAAGCUGUGGCACAUUUUAUGGAAGGGGUGCACAUUUAUCGUAUGGACCCCUGGAUGUCUCUCUUGUUGUCAUUUGGAAACUGCUCCGUCCUUGACGACACUUCGGCAAUACUGGUAUGGACUAAAUAUGAACGCUCCGAAGGUAUCCUAGAAAGAAAUGGUAAAAACAGAUCCAUUGACACAUGGACCAAGGCCAAGAUGACAUACAGGUGUCAGGCGUGUGGGUAUCGCCGCACGUCCAUCAGAUGUCCUCAAUGGAUAUACGGAGUGGAAGAUCAUAUGAACUUGGUCCGGUUUCGAUGGCCACUAACCAGGGAGCAACUAGAUGAAGUGGGAGCAGACUUCCACGAGUCUGUCGUCGUAGAUCCGUAG